CUGCGAGUCUGCGAGGUGAGAAGUAUAUCCAUUGAGAAAAUCAGAGAGAGCGAGGGAGAUAAUGGAAGGGUUGGUGCAGGUACCAUACGAUGCAACGGUGAAGCUAAUGCUGGCUUCACUGGAGCGAAAUCUGUUACCGGACGCUGUCGUGCGGAGGCUUACACGGUUGCUCUUGGCCAGCCGCCUUCGCUCCGGUUACAAGUCCUCCUCUGAACUACAGCUCUCCGACGUCGUGCACUUUGCGCAUUCUCUGAAAGAGAUGCCAAUUGCUAUCAAGACUGAUGAACCAAAAACCCAACAUUAUGAACUACCAACCUCUUUCUUCAAACUGGUACUUGGCAAACAUCUCAAGUACAGCUGUUGCUACUUUCCUGAUAAGUCGAGCACCUUAGAGGAUGCUGAGAAAGCAAUGUUUGAGCUUUACUGUGAAAGGUCAAAGUUAAAAGAUGGUCAAACUGUUCUUGAUGUUGGGUGUGGCUGGGGGUCGCUCUCUCUUUACAUUGCCCAAAAAUACAGAAAUUGCAAGGUUACAGGGAUUUGCAACUCAACAACACAGAAAGCUCAUAUUGAGGAACAAUGCCGGAAUCUUCAGCUACAAAAUGUGGAGAUUAUUGUUGCAGAUAUUAGCACAUUUGAAAUGGAUGCAUCUUAUGACCGUAUAUUCUCCAUUGAAAUGUUUGAGCAUAUGAAGAACUACAAGGAUCUUCUCAAGAAAAUAUCAAAGUGGAUGAAUGAGGAUAGCCUUCUUUUCAUUCAUUAUUUUUGCCAUAAAGCAUUUGCUUAUCAUUUCGAGGAUAUAAAUGAUGAUGACUGGAUUACUAGGCACUUCUUCACUGGAGGAACAAUGCCUUCAUCAAAUCUACUGCUUUAUUUUCAGGAUGAUGUUUCUGUUGUUGAUCACUGGCUUGUGAAUGGGAAGCACUACGCACAAACAAGUGAAGAGUGGCUCAAAAGAAUGGACCAGAACUUGGCUUCUAUCAAGCCGAUAAUGGAGUCUACAUAUGGCAACGAUCAGGCAGUCAAGUGGACUGUAUACUGGAGAACAUUCUUUAUUGCAGUCGCGGAGCUCUUUAAUUACAAUGAUGGAGAAGAAUGGAUGGUUGCGCUAUUCCUAUUUAGAAGGAAGUAAAGUAAAAGACGGACAAAGAAGUGAAUACACCAUUGUUGUCAGGACAAGAUAAAACUGCACUGAGGGGGCAAUGUAGCAGUUCGUGAAUGUUACCCUGUAAUAAGCCAUUUAUCAAGAUAUGUCGUGUGUGUGUUGUAAAUGCCAUGGGUGAGUGGACUGAGUUUACUUGUUAGGAUUAAAAUCUUGAGUCUUUGAGAAUGCAUUAUUCCACUUGUUU